AUGCACAAAAUUGUUACUUUGCUUGGAUAUUAUUGCAUUGAAAGAUCUUCCUCUCCAAAUCCCACUGAUGGAAUUACAGGUCAGAGAUGCCCUGGAGGCUCCUACUGCCCCAAAGGUACUGAGAAUAUCCGACCCUGCCCAAUUGGACACUUUGGGCCUAUGCAAGGUAGUGGGGCAGAAAUUAAUUGUCUCCCUUGUCCCCCGGGAUUAUUCUGUAACUCCUCUGGGCUGGUAGCUGCAACUGGAAAAUGCAAUGCUGGCUACUACUGCACAGGAAAGUCAAGGACAGCAACUCCCAUUGAUCACGUGACAGGUGGUAUGUGUGAGCCUGGGACCUACUGCCCAUCUGGUGCUGCACACCCAGUCCCAUGCGAUCCUGGUAAAUUCUGCAAUGGGUUCGCUCUGCCUACUCCU